AUGACGAGAACCCGUUCAGAGACGGCCCAACCUCAGCUUCAGGUGCGCAACAACACUGGGCCGACGCCGAUGUCAACACCAGGUCCCAGCAACGUGCAACAAAUGGAAGGCGCUUCCGACAGCGCUGGUGCUGCUAGGCACCUUCCGUCGAUUCGCUUUAUCCCGCACCAGGAUCCCCGAGCCGGUAGACCUUCUCUGAUAUUCCCCACCAUCAACCGUACGCUGCCCGACGAGAGUGCAAUCAUUCGCGUAGGAAGGUACUCGGAGCGCGACAACAUACCCGAAGUUCAGACCAAUGCCCCAUCAGCCGCAGCCGUCGGGUUCAAGUCCAAAGUAGUCAGUAGGAAGCACUGCGAACUGUGGUGCAAGGACGGCAGCUGGUAUAUCAAGGACGUAAAGAGCUCAUCCGGUACCUUUCUAAAUCACAUUCGUCUAAGUCAACCAAAUGUCGAGUCGAAACCCUUCCGGAUAAAGGAUGGCGAUAUCAUCCAGUUGGGCAUCGAUUUCCGUGGUGGAGAAGAGAUGAUUUUCAGAUGUGUCAAGAUUCGCGUCGAGUGCAACCGCGGCUGGCAGCAGGGGCUUAAUACGUUCAACAAACAAACCCAUCAACGACUACGUGCACUUGCCAAGAGCAAAAAGGAAGUCACAGGAGAUGCUUCAUCCACGCAUACGUCCGAAUGUGCGAUUUGUUUGAUGUCAAUAGCGCCAUGUCAGUCACUAUUUGUAGCACCCUGCUCCCACGUGUGGCACUACAAGUGCAUCCGUCCCAUCUUAAAUGGCCCCACAUGGCCCAACUUCCUCUGCCCGAACUGCAGGGCGGUAGCGGAUCUUGAAGAAGACGUAGAGGAUAUGGGCGAGUUCGAGGAUUGGGAGGGUGACGACGAGGUAGUCAACGGUGCUACGGCUCCCGACGCCAUUGCAGAGCAAGGAGACCGCCACGUCACUCCUCGUGCUUCUGUCGCCCCGAUCAAUGGUGCCGAUUCGGAUAGUGGAGGUGUUGAUCUGACCGACCUACAUCAGCAAAUUACCAACAUCGAGAACCAGUCAGUACUGGCAACCCCCGAUCGCCAGCUUACACCUCCAACAUCGUCGGUCACACAGCCAGUUCCUAUCAACGUCAAUGGAGCGAAUGACUACAUGGGACUGUCGCCUUUGCAUCCUCCCAACGCCAACGGCCUAACGCCUGAUCGCGUACAGGAUGGUCCCAUGACUCCAAGGAAUGAUGCUGGGCCUUUCGUCCUCGAUGGUAGCGCUGGGCGCGCAGCAGGCAGUCGUGUGCGUGACACAUCCCCUCCAUCCGACUCUGACAGCAGCGGGGCGCAAAGCAAUACCGGAGCACCAACCCUACCUCCUGUGCUUUUCGACUAG